GAUAAAAAUUAUUUUAUUUUAAAAAAUUCAUUUUCCAGUUUGGGCAGAGAGGAAAAUGAAAGAAAGAAGGCAAAGCAUUUUAAUGGAAACCCAAAAUCCCAACUUUUGAUAAACCCUAGAGAGAGAAAGAACCAUGAGACGAACUUUGCUGAGCAAUCUCUCUCUCUACACUCGCAAUCGCCUUCUCUCUCCUCAAACAUUCAACCCAAAUCCAACCCCCUCACUCGUCCCACUUGCCCGUUCGACUCAGUCCCUGUUCAGCCGGUUCUUCUCCUCGGAGGGCGACUCCUCCGCCGAAAGCCCCAAUCCGGCUGCUGAUUCGAGCUUGAUCCCAACCAAAAAGAAAGAUGCUUCCGUCGAAGUCAAGGACGUCAAUAACAAAGAGCUGAAGGAGCGGAUAGAUAAAUAUUUUAAGGGUGAUGAGGAGGCGCUUCCGGCCAUACUCGAAGCGAUUCUGCAGAGGAGAUUGGCUGGGAAGCAUGAGGAAACGGAUGAUGAGCUGAUAGAUGAAUUGCAAAAGCAGCCGUUGGAUGAUGUUAAGGACCAAGAGUUUGAAUCGGAUUUUGAGGAAUUGCACGACACGGAUGAAGAGAUUGAUGACUUGUAUAACGCAAAGGAUACAGUCAUGAAGAGGAUGUCAAACGAUGAGUACUUCAACAUGGAUCCCAAGAAGUGGGAUGAUAUUGUUGAGGAUGCAAUUAAGCAUGGGAUUAUGAAAGAUACGAAGGAGUGUGAAGAGAUUCUCGAGGAUAUGCUUAGCUGGGAUAAGCUCCUACCAGAUGACAUGAAAAGGAAGGUAGAAGAGAAGUUCAAUGACUUAGGGGAUAAGUGUGAAAGAGGGGAGCUUCAACCUGAAGAAGCUUAUGAGUUGUUCAAGGAGUUUGAGGAUGAGAUUGUCAUGGACUAUUUGCAGAAGAUGGAAGCCGAUGGCCCCCCACAAUUUGAUGAGGCUGAUGUGUCUGACAAGAAGGAUCUAGCUGACCCACCAGGCGAAGGGCCAAUCCUUAGGUGGCAAACACGGGUAGUCUUUGCUCCUGGUGGUGAUUCCUGGCAUCCCAAGAAUAGAAAAGUGAAACUGUCUGUUACAGUGAAAGAACUCGGGCUUUCAAAGCAUCAAUUCCGUCGGCUCAGAGACUUGGUUGGAAAGCGGUACCAUCCAGGGAAAGAUGAGCUUACAAUUACUAGUGAGAGGUUUGAACACCGAGAAGAAAAUAGAAAGGACUGCCUCAGGACACUUCUUUCCCUCAUUGAGGAAGCUGGGAAAGCAAACAAACUGGCUGAGGAUGCUCGAGUUUCGUAUGUCAAGGAGAGAUUAAGAGCAAAUCCUGAAUUCAUGGAGAGGCUGCAGAAGAAGACCAUGAGAUUGCAAGGAAAGAGUGCAUUACCUGCUUGAGAUCUUGAUUUCCAGCAGCUCAAAUAAGUUUCUUGGUCUGGGAUGACAUUUUCUUGACAUUCAGUGUUUUAAUUGGUUGACCCCCGCUCUAAGAUUAUUAUUUUGCAAUAGAGUCUAUACACUCCCAAAUGGAUAUUUGGUGCGCGGAUCGGUACAUUUUGCUAGUUGCUAAUGUUGGAAGCCAUUUGCUUUGCCUUCAAGCCCUUGAAAUGUUCACAUGGAUGUAUAACUUGUUAAGAUCAGUGUUGUUUUGAAGUUUAUGUGCAAUUCUUUCAAAGAUCUUUUUGGUUCGGCGAGCUCUUUCGCUGUUAACUUAAAUGUACUACCAAUGAGUUGCUUUUUUAACUAAUGAGAUGGUUAGUGCUACAUUAUUAUUGCUCA